UUUACAGAGCAGCCGCUUAUUUAGUUCUGUAGAAAUUGAAAAAAUAUUGACUUUAAAAAUAAUCAAAUAAACGAAAUAAACUUGAAAAUCUAGUGAGUGACAUACCAACAAUAAGGAAAAGUGCAACGCUACAGCAGCAGCAAUUUUAAUAAUAAAGGAACAUUUUUGGAAAUAUCAUCGUUGUUGCGGUGGAGUUAAUUUUGAUGCACAAGCGUAAUAAACUGUUGUCGGUACAGCAGCGGCAAUAGCAAGGCAGCUAAAAAUAUACAUACGUAUACUAUAUACAGAUAGAAGUGGGCUGGAGCAGCAACAGACACAGCCACAGGCAAAGCAAGCCACAGUGAGCAAGUGAAUUUGGACGCGCCUCAUCGCGUUGGUCCGUUAGCGAACAGCCGCAAUUGAAUUCAUAAAGUUUAAAAAUAAAAACCAAAGACUACAAGAAAAAAAUAAUAAAAAUAAAAUAAAGCCAAAGCGGCGUUAAUAAGAAAUCAAUAAGCCAGCGGUGCAGCAAAACAAGAAAAAAUAAUAAUUUUGAGUGUUGAAAAAUAUUUUCCAUUUGUGUUGCAUGUGAGGCUAACGCAAUACUUCCCUAGCGAUAUUGUUGCACAGUGACGUUUGUUCUUUGGCAACAUUUGUACUACAGCAACAUUUGUUAAACGGCAGCAUUUGUUCAACAGCAACAUUUGUUCAACAGCAACAUUUGUUCAACAGCACUAUUUGUUGCGCCAGCAGAUAACUAUUGAAUACCGUAAACUUUGUUUCGCUAGCCAUUUUAUAGCUAAGCAACACUUAUCCUCCUCUCUUCCAACCAACGAAUCCCAUCAACAUUGUGUAUCGACCGAAAUUCGUUCGCGCAAAUUUUACCAAUGUGCGUCUACUACUAGUCACACACGUAGCUCACUCGAUCGAUGUUGUUAACGCUAUUCAGCUUCCUCAUGAGAUUCGUAGACAUUUCCAAAUUGCAGAGCGAACGGUGCAAUUGCACCAACGCCGCGGACGCUUGCCAGAACAAGGUGAAAUGCUGGCAGCAAGCAGCAGUCGCAGCGGCCGCUGCUGCCGCACACAAAGCCAACACAGCUAAUUCGAAUAGCAGCAGCACUAGUAGCGGUUGCGAUAGCAAUGCUUCCUCAGCCUCGGGUGGCAGCUCCUCCAAGGAGAACUACUAUGGUUUGAAUGCAUUACAACAGCAACGUAGGCACCAUCAUCAGCAACCACAACAUGUUGCGCAACAUCACAGCAUUACGCCAGAGCAGUUACAACAAAUUCGCUACUAUCAGCAGAUGCAACAGCAGCAAUUACAAUUAUUGCAACAACAACUGCUGCAACGUCGUCGACUGCAACAGCAUUUGCGCGAACAGGGCGUAAAUGUGGGUGUGCGGGCGCGCAAUAACAGUGAAGGGAAUGGCAGCGCCACAGCAGCAGCUACUCAGCCAAAGUUGAGUGCUACCACCAAAUCGCCGGCGCUCACCUGCAAUCAGCAAUACUUGAUACAACAGCGACUGCAGCAGCAGCAGCAAUUACAACAACAACAACAACAUCUGCAACCACAAUGGCCGCGUAACAAUUAUAAUUAUAAUGUGAAUAAUCAAUAUAACAACAAAAAUACCAACACCAACAUCAACACCAGCAACGGCAACACGCUCACCGACAAUGACAUACUCAACAACAAUGGCGAUUUUGGCGAUAUUUUUAAUGACUUUGACGUUGGAUACCAAAAAGGACAAAAAUUCCGUCGUGGCAUGACAGAAUUCUCAACAAACAACGACAUCAACAACAAAUCACAUCUAUCACAACCGCUUCAAAAUUCACCACGUCAUUUCGCUCACUCUCAAACGAAACAAUACCCUCAUCAACAAAAUCUUUCGCAACAACCACAUCCUAAUUCACCACAACAUUACGCAAAUAGUAACAUAAAUCAGCAUUUUACUUACGCUUUCCAGCAAACGCAUAAUAACAGGCAUAAUCAGCAAACGCUUCCUUUAAAUUCUUCUGCAAAUACAUUUACAACAACAUCAAAUAUCAAUAACAUUACAAACAAUUCAUCAUCACCCACAUCUGCGGCUCAAUCGCCAUUGCAUUAUAAGAAUCCAUUGAAUAGCCCGAAUAAUUCGCCAUUCGCUUUCGCCUACAACAACUACGGCGAGCGUGAAACACAAAACGGCCGACAACACCAGCAACAACAGCAGCAGCAGCAACAGAAGAGGAGCAGCUCAACGGCUGCCACGGCUCAGCAACAUCAAUUGCAACAGCAUUUGCGCAGCAGCAAGACGUUGCCGCUUCUAACGCAAACUCAAUAUCAGCAGCAUUUGAAUGAUUUGCUGCUGCAGCAACAACACUUGCAAAAGCAUCAGCAACAGCUGCUCAGCGCCAAGGACGCCGACGACGAACUGAGCGAGGAGAGUCUGAAGCAGAAUGUUGCAAUAGUACUGAACAAUUUGGAUCGGUACAAUAACGCGUUGCGCAGCAUCAUACUGAAUGAGCAAGUGAGUGGCCAGAGCAGCGUGCUCAUUGACGACAGCCUGCUGGUGGAGAGUUUGGGUGCGAAUAAUAAUUUCCUGUUGAAUAGCGGCAAUACAAUGGCUGCGCCAGCAACACCCGAAUCGGAUUACAAUAGCAAUGCGACAACGCCUGGUUCGCGCCACAGCAUGCCGCUCGAUAGCAACAUGUUGCAGCAGCAUCAGCAUUUGGUAGGUUUGGCCAACGCAGCGGCUGCGGCCACAGCAACGGCUUGUGGUGGUGGUAUUGGUGGUGGGUUAGGUGUUAGUAAUAAUGUUAAUGGUGGUGGUGGUGGUGGUGGCUACUUGGGCAACAAUGUUGCCGGCAACAAUUUAAACUAUUCGAUUGCUUCUUCACAUGAUUUCACUCACGAUAAUUCCGAUUAUCAGUGGCUACUAGACUGUGACUAUCGGGAUGGCUGCGGCAGUGGACUACAGCGCAGCAUUUUCUCAUCGCUAGCGGGCUCCUAUAAUGGCGACAUAAUUUUCUACAAUGACUUCUCCAAAAAACUGGAUGCUAACCUUGCCGAAGUAGAUAUGGAGAGCUUUCGUGCCGAGGACAUACUACUCCAUAUGCCAUCGUAUUGCAAGAAUAUGAGCAAUAGCAAUCGUCUGCAACAAUCGUUUCUCAUGCAGCAAAAUAUGUUGCCUCUAACGGCACAGCAACAGGGUGGUGGUGGUGGUGGGGGUGGCGGCGAUAUAGGUGGAGGUGUUGGCGGCAGUGCCAAUCAUCUAUCACAAACUUCGCUCAUCUCCAACAAUGAGCUUAUCGAUAAUUCGAUUUGCAAGUCAGAGUUGCUCUUCUCGCCGGUAAAAGAAUCGCACUUAUCGGCCGAUUCGCUAGAUAUGGAUGCGUAUCCGGAGAAUGAGGACAUUAUAUUGACGUGCAAGGCGAACAAGGACAACUACACAAUCGCUUUUGAGGGAAGCGUACUGUACUCUGAUGACAGCUUCUAUGCUGAACCCUCGGAUAUUGCCACAAGGAACAGACAGAAUUUCAUAAAUUUGCAUAGCAAUCUUGAGGAUAUCGUUAAGCGCAAAGCUUUGGAUGUCUCGAUGUCGCGAUCUGAGCAGGCCACAGCUGUGCGCGGCAAGCUGCAGAAGAGUAACACUACACAACUGCAAAGAUACCCUUCGGGCAAUAACAACACCGCCGCUAACAACAUCAUUGUGGCACAUAUACAACACGCACCGAACUGCUUGGUGCGUAAAAGUCGCAGCCUUCCAAAUCUGCGCGAGCACAAAGAUCCAACCGCAAUGGCUUGCAGUAGCAUUGAGGAUACACAACAGCAACAGCAACAGCAACAUAUACAACAACAGCAGCUGAAUGUUUCACAGGCGGUUAGUACGUCCAAUAUGGAGUGCUGCAAGACGUCACGUAAUUUGCUUCCCAUGUGCCAGAUGCCAAUCUCUUCUAAUUCCAUAAUUGCCUCCAUUACGUCGGAGCGCCUAAAUACGGUAGAACAAUUGCAGCAGCAACAUCACCAACAUCAGCAACUGCAGCAGCAGUUACAGCAACAACAUCAGGUUGGCGCCCAGCAGCGUCACAAGCACCGCUGCUCUUGUAUGCCAUCAAAUGCCACCACCGUCGCCGUUGCCGCUGCCGCUGCCGCCACAAAUAGUCACAAUUGCGCUGCAGCGCAAAAGCAUGCACCUAUUUCGGGUUCUGCUUCGUCGGGCAGCUCGAAUCCUCCCGCCUUCAAUCUAGUCAAACUAUUCAUCAAGCAAAAGAGCAAUAACUCCGCCACAGAUGAUCAGCUGAUCAGCACCCAUACCUGCAUGGAUGUGUCGUCCGGCUGUUGGCCGUCGAGCGAUGCGGCCGGUUCGAGUAGUAGCUCGUCGCUGGAGCAGCGGCUGCGGAAGAAGAGCAUGAACGAUUCGGGCAAGGGGUCGGCACUGAGCAGGCACGACGAGGAUGAGGAGCAGCUGUGCGCGCAAGUGCGCGGCACAUGCGAAACGGCAUUCCAUACAGAUCAGCAUCACAUCCCCGCCGGCCAUCCCACACCAACACGUCGUCAUUUGCGUAUACGCAACGAUGCCGUUUUCUACGAUGAGGAUCCAAGCUCUAGCUCAAGCGGUUCGUUAACGGCGACCAACUCGCCUGCGCACCGACGUCGCAGCAUGCCACUGCGUCAUCCCCAAUUGUGCCAAUUGGCGACACAACACAAGGACGUCGGCACGGCAUGCAGUCUGCAGUCGUCCGAAGGUAGUCGCAGCAAUUCGGAGCAACUUACGCAAGUAUAUGUGUCGACUGGCACCUCGUCUGCUACGCUGGAGCGGCAACGGUCGCGUUGUGAGGGCGCACAACCCACAGUGUCAGCAGCCUCAAGUUCGGAGCUGAUCUCGCGCUCCAUGCAAACUUCGUGCGGCUCAGCAAGUACGCGCAGCAGCUUGAGCGAUCGCUUCCGAUUUGUGCCGCCAUCCUUCUUGGCGAAGCUCAACAAUCUGGGCGAGGAGCAACAGGCGCCAAUCUAUGUCAUAUAUCCAAAUUAUGCGUUGCCUGAUUUGGGUUUCGUGCAGACCAAUUCAACGGCCGAUGUCAUUUUCUCGCCAUUCAACUACAAAAUGGCUGUUGGUGAAAAUGAUGGCUCGAAUUCGAUGUCGUCUCUUAAGAAACGCUUUAGCCUGAAUAGCAACGAUGACGAGAUACUCAAAGCCAUGGACUACAAACACGUAGUGGAUUGGCAAUCGUUAGCGACACUCUUGCCGACUGAUUAUCGGCGACGUUUGAAACACAUUCCCGAGGUGAAUAGCUUGCUGCCCGACUUGGACGCUGAGCUAUCACAGCGUCCGCUAUUUUGCAUGACUCCUCCCAUACGACGCAAUCGACCACACAUCUGUGACUGCGCGCAUUACUUCCAACAACAACGGCAGCAGCAACAACAGCAGACUCAGCUGCCCACCGGAGAAGAGGGUUCGUCGAGCUCUGCCUCUAGUCAACAACCCAGUUCUGGUUAUCGUGGCUCGUCCACUCUCCUAGCCGACUCUGCAGACUUGGAGAACGCCGAUCCCUUAAAGCAAAUGUACGUAUAUCAGUAUGAGCAGCAACGCAUGGACUCUGGCGUUGAAAUGAGUCCCGCAGCUGGCAAAACGCCACCUCAACCGAUGCCACGCGGUAUUUUGCGCAAGUCUUCAUCACAUUCAGCAAAUCGUACGAAACGUAAUUCAAUGAUUGAGGGACACCAAACUAAGUUGUCGAAGCAAGAAAAACGCCGUAGUCUACAAGAGCCCCCCUACCAACAUGCAGUCGGUUCGUCAGAGGAAUUAAGUGAAGUAUUUGAGGAGGAGGCCGAUCUGUAUGCCACGCCACAGCCGCGACAGGAACGUCUAUCACGUAAAGAUUUAGACGCACGCAUGCGUUUCCUUUCAUCGCUGCCGCGGUCUGAACUUAAAUAUUUUGCUGAAAUAGCAGCAAUAUUAGAAUCGUCUACCGAAUUUCAAGUAGCCUACGAUCCGGCGGCAUUGAAAAAGGAAGUUAGUCGUGCGCUAAGUCAGCAGAAAAAAGUUUCUUUCAAUGAUAUUCACACGCUGACCGAGAACGAAGAAGAAGGUGACAUGAGUGCGCAGCAACAGCGGCAGCAACAACCAUUGCUGCCACCAGAAGCACGACAACGCUUCACAACGCCACCCAACUCACCGAAUAUUUCGGUAGCGGGCAUGCGUGGUGGUGAGACAGUACCACGACGCUCCUCUCAAAUGGAACAGCAUCAAACGGCCAAGCGGCUGGCGGCACUUGACGAGCAAGAGAAACGUAAGAUUGAAAGUAAUCGCUUUAAGCGGCUACAGAUACAAUGGGAACUGAUGAGCAAAGACUCGACGAUGUUGAAGGAAUUGGCUAGCGCACAAGAGACGAAGAGCGGUGGCUCCACACCGACUGCAACGGCAACAUCGGCGACCACAGCAGCGGCGGCAGCGGCAGCAGCUAAUGCGGCGCACAAGUCGCGUAUACCGCGACCAGUCAGCUAUCCAGCGGGAAAAGCAAGAAAUGCUAAUUGCAACACGAAACCCGUUAUGAAACCGCUCGAAAAAGCUAAAACCACUAAACUAAGUAUAUCUCCAAAAAUUACCAGAAUAAGCACACAAGAAGCAGAUGGAAAGACAACACGUUCACCUAGUCGUAUUGUGCCACCGAAGCGAUACAGCAUGACAGCUGGAACUGUUGGUGCACCAGUGGCGACAACAGCAACACCCGGUGGCGCUACGAGAGCGCGUACGCCCACAAGUCGAGUGGCAGUGACAGCGCCAAAUACACCCAAGCGACGAAUGCAGUCACCAAGAACAAUACAGCGCGUGCGAUAAAGAACGAGCUGAGUAGCUAUGCCGCAACAAAAAACAAAUACAACACACGAACAUGUGAAAACAUUACCACAAAACAAACAAAAAAAAAAAAAAAUUAAUUUAUGUUUCUACUAAAUGCAUAGUUUUGGAACUGAUUUCUUCUAGUAUAGGCUGAAUGUGAAGAGAAAGAAUGCCGGCAAAUGCAAAGGAAAGUUGUAUUCAAAUCAUAAAGAAAUCAUUUGAAAUGCGAUAUAUGUACAAGCAAGAAGUGCGAAAAACACCAAGAAUACCAAAUACUUAAACAGCAUAUGGUAAAAAUUCAGAUAAGAAUCCCCUCAGCAUUGAACCGUGUUGGCUGUUACUUGGGCGUAAACCAAAAAGCGAGCGCUAAGAAAACGAAAACAAGCGGUUUACUGCAAUCGUUAAAGAAAUCGUGAAAUGCUAUGCGACUACAUUUGUACAUAUACAUACACGUACAUGCGUGCGAAGGAAUGCACCUAAAGUGAUAUUUCAUGAAAAGAGCAAAGUGAAGACGUAUCGAUGGAUGGAUGGCAAGCGUUGCGACGAUAUGCCUCUAGUAUUUCCUUAGUUGCUUAUCAACUAGUAUAGAUUUAAACAGCUAAAUCAAUGAAUAUUUAAUUUAUCGUUUUUUCUUAUUUAAGUCUAAUACAAAAAAA